AUGGUCUUCCGGCAAUGCCGCCGCGUGUAUCAUCUUGGUUCCGUAGCGUAUAAGGGAGUGAACGCUCCAUCAUGUUCGCAAAUGAAUCGCCUUCUGUUAGAAAGGCGUUUAUUUCAAACAAGUCUACGCUAUGCGGCCACUGAUCGCAGCAAAGUGGAGUAUACCCUGAAAAUGCUCAAGGAAGAUCUGCUUCGUCAAGACGAAGAAGCUCGGAAGCGUAAAUUAAUUCCUGCCACUUCAGCUGCAGAAAAGAAGACCACUAUCAUGCAAAAGAUUGUGCACGAACUAAAGCACUAUUACCACGGCUUUCGGCUGCUAGCGCUUGAAACCAAAUUAAGUGCCAAGUAUAUGUGGCGCCUACUUCGCGGCGACACUCUUAAUCGAAGGGAACGUCAGCAGUUGGUUCGUACCGUAUCUGAUCUGUUCCGUCUUGUUCCUUUCUCUAUAUUCAUCAUAGUGCCUUUUAUGGAGCUUGCACUUCCUAUCUUCAUCAAGUUGUUCCCGAAUAUGCUUCCUAGUACUUUCCAGGAGAGCAGUAAGGAGGAAGAGAAACUUCGAAAACAGGUGAAGGUGAAGGUUGAAAUGGCGAAAUUCCUGCAAGACACCAUUGAGGAGAUAGCACUCGAGCGAAGAUCGAAAGCUACCGAAGCAAAAGGCUCCAAAGCAUUGGAGUUUGCUCAGUUUAUCAAGAAGAUUCGUUCUGAAGGUGGAUAUGUGUCCAAUGAAGAACUCUUCAAGUUUUCGAAACUUUUUGAGGACGAGCUAACCUUAGAUAAUCUUAGCAUGAGCCAGUUACGGUCUUUAUGUCGAUUGAUGUCCAUCCAACCUCUUGGAAGUCCAGAGAUCCUCCGCUUUCAACUCCACAUGAAGCUGCGAGAAUUGAAAGCCGAUGACAAGCAAAUAACAGCGGAAGGCGGCGUUGACGCUUUGAACACAAUUGACUUACAACAAGCUUGUCGAGCUAGAGGGAUGCGUGCUGCCGGUUUGAGUGAAGAGCGUCUUCGAGAUCAGCUUAACAGUGGUUGGAGUUGUCACUCAGCGACAAGGUCCCACCAUCUCUGCUUCUUCUAUCGAGAGCUCCUUUAUCUUCCAGAGGACAUCUCUUUCACUGACAGACUGAAAUCGCUUGUUCAAAGUCUUCCCGAAGGCAUCGCUGAAAGUACACGGCAGAAAUUGACAGAAAUGGAAGGUGGACAAGUAGGUUACAAGGAGAGACUGGACCUUCUCAGACAAAUAGAAGAAGCAAUAGCAAAAGAAAAAGCAAUGGAACAGGAGAAGAAACGCGAAGAAGAGAAACAACGAGUUCUUGUGGAAGAGACUGAGAAAGUUAAAGCUGAUGUUGGCGUUGCUGCGGCAGAAGUUUUAACUGCAUCAGCGGAAACUCAUGAGAAACUCACCAAAGCUGUCACUGCAGCAACCGAGGCCUUCGAUACCUUGAAGAAAGAUCUGGCUGGCGCUGUUCAAGAGGCGGUGGAUAUUGCUGCUCCUGCGGAGAAAGGCGGCAAACCUGCUCCCGAAGCAACGGUCGACGCUAAGGACCUUUCCUCCAUUGAACAGUUGUUGGUUGGUGGACCUCUACAUGAGGCCAAGCAUGACAUACUCGGACUGAAGGAGAAGGCUAUUGAGCACACCGAGGACCUUGUUGAAAUCACAGCACUGGACAGUGCUUUCUCGGAAUCUAAGGUUGCCCAACGUCUGCGGAAUAGGUUGAACACCAUGAUCGAUAACGUCGACACGCUUGUCUCGCAGAUUGAAGAGGAAAAGAGGAUGGUAGAAGAAACGAUCAUUGAUCCUGCUAUGCCUGACAGUGUAGCGGCAAAAAGAGAAAAACAAGUGCGCGUUCAAGAUCUUGUAGAUGCUUUAACCAAACUACAAGCCAGUCCAGCGAUUGCUGGAGAUACCCAGGAAGCGAAAGAAAGGCGCUCUCGAAUCGAACAGCUUCUUUUGAGCAUUGACCAUGAUGCAGAUGGUAUUAUUGAUGCAGAUCUCGUUUUAGAGGUAAUUGCGCUAAUGGAACGGCACGGAGAUGUUAAAAUGUCUGCAGGACAAAUAGCUUCAAUGGUAGGCAUGCUUAAAAAAGAGGACGAAGUUGAAGCAAUGACAAAAAACAUUGACUCUUUGGAUGCACCCAUGAUGCCGCAGGGACCGACUAGUGAUGCGAUGGUGCAACCAGAGUAG